UCAAUGCUCUUGCUUACCUAGUGUAUAAACAUGCAUGAGAAAUAAACUUUAUCUAUUUAUAGGACAUUCUGUGGCUUUAUCCCAGUUUUUGACAAAGCCCCUGUAUCUCGAAAAAGCCCCCUAUCCCACCCUAUCAACAUUUCUUUUUGAAUUCUACACCAAAAACUAGUCUUGCAAUAGUUGGUUUGGUAAAGUUCCUCUUCGGGUGGUCAUUGACAGCUCAUUCACAGGCUGCAUCCAAGUUUUUGGACAAAACCCCUAUUCUCGGAAAAGCCCCCUCUCCCGCCCGAUCGACAUCCAGAUUUGAAUUCUACAACACAAACUGGUCUGGCAAAAGUUGGUCUGGUAAAGUCCCUCGUCGGGUGGUAAUGUUCCCCCUUGUCCCUCUGGACUACAAGACAGAAACACAAAUUACUCUAUAGAAGAGGGGGAUCUCACCUCGUGGCUCACAGGCUGGAAGGUGGGAUGAUUUUCUCCAUGCAAACAGGCCCUAACAGGCCGAAUAACUUGCAAAAUAUGUCACCUGUUCUACGGCUCUAUAUUAAUUUUAUAUUUAACUUUGUUUUAAUCCAGAAUUAAUUUCAUUGCAAUAAAAAUAGUGUUUUAAACGAUUUCUGUUGAGGGAUGUAUAUAUUUGCUGAGACCUAUAACGACAGUGAGGUAAACUGAAUAUUCAUAACGUUUCAGUUGAAACAAAUAAUUUUCUAAUAAUGACGAUGAUGACGAAAGAGAUUUACAAUCACCAAUAGUUUCGUUUCUACGUAGAUUAAGUUAAAUUGACUCAACAGAAUUUGCAUUGCUUUCUUUUGUUUGAUCUGCUUGUUUUGUUCUUGCAGUUUUAUAAACAGAUGGCUAAUAGGAAGGCUAUAAAUCUUUUGCAUGUUUGGUGAAAUGUCUAAGUCAGUUAGAUUUUACAGAUGGUGGAAAAUGUUGUUCAGUGUUUUUUUGCAUCCGUUGCUCCUGUUCUUAAACGCGCCUGUGGUGGUAUCAAGCAGCUUCUUUAUGCUUGAAAAAGGAGACCAAAAUGGUAUAAAUGUUGGCAUCUCAAAGAUGCAUUUUAGGUGUGAUCGCGACCAAAGUUGUGCAUACAUUAAAUUCAACAAGGUGACACAAGAGUUUCAGCUUUUAACAGAGAAUUACGUUAUCAGUGAGGCAGACGAAGAUACAGAAACAGUUUGGAGAAAAGUUUUACAGAUUUAUCCUUCCUGCAAAGAGGCCUUACCAGGGGACCUUGACAAUGGGGUAUACUGGAUUCAACACAAGAAUAUGCAAGAACCAAUAAAAGUCAAAUGCAAAAGAGAGACAGAAAAUGUUCUCGCAGUAUUUGAUCACGACAGCGAAUCACGCAUAGUGGUUAGAGGGUUUGAAGACCCUGGAUCGUAUCGGCACAGAAUAACCUACACGAAUCGACUUCAAGACUUGACAAGCUUUGUCGACUCGUCACGUCAUUGCCGCCAGUUCACUAGAAUUGAUUGCAUCUUAAUAAGUUUGUAUUUCCCUUCCUCGAGUACCCCAUAUUAUGGAUACCUCGUCGAUAGAAGUGGGAAUAGAAUGGAAUACUUUGGUGGCGGGCCAACAAAUGGAAGAGGUAUGGGUUAGAAUUUUUUUUACUUGGCUUUGAUUUGCAGUUGAAAGCACGUCCAACAUAAAACAUUUUCAUAGAUUUUGUUAGCAAAGACAGUAUGAUGGUGGAGAGAGGUAGAACCAAUAAUCUUGGAAGUAGGAUUCAGUUUAAGAACCCGAAAAUAAAACAGGACUCCGUUGGGUCAUAUACAACCAUUGGACUCCAAAGUAUAGGAAUCCUUGUUGUAUAGGACUCUAAAGAAUCGUAUACGACUAUUGGACCCCAAAGUAUAGGACUCUAAUCUGUAUAGGACUCCAUGUUGUUUAAGACCUCGUUGUAUCAUAUACGACCAUUGGGUCAAUUAGUAUAGGACUCUUAA